AUGGCCGCGCGGGAGGAAGGAGAGGCUGUACACGGUAAAGCGAGGCACCACCACGACGGAGGCAGCAGCUCGGACGGCUUCAGGAACGGAUACGUGAAGAGCUGCGUCACCCCCCUCAAACAGGACCACCACAAAGGCUUUUUUUUCACCGAAGAUCUCCUCGGUUCCAAGGUCUUCAAAGUUUCUGCCGUCUACGUCGGCGCCGUUGUCAUUUUGGCUCUUUCUGUGCUCCUCUCCCGGAGCUUGCCAAACGACUCGCGGUGGGAUUUGCGGACUUUGGUGUCGGGCUUCUCGCAGUCCGCCAGUCCUCUCUUCAGCAUCGGCUGUGCCUUCUUCUUCCUGACCUUCUACCUGAGGAGGAGGAGGAAGAAGGAAGAGGGCAGCCACUGGUGGCUCCUGUCGCUGCCAGCGUCGUGCUACCUCGGGGACUUCAUGGUGCUUCGCUUCUUGCCAUGGGGUGAGGAGCAGCACCAGAUGCAAAUGGUGGGCAGGUUGUUGUUCGUGUUGGGGUGCGUGGGGCUCCUCACGCUCGUCCCCACGCUCAAACUCAAACACAGCGUGCUCGUCCUGCUCUUCGCCAGCGUGGUGUGGUUGCUCUCCUUCACCAGUUUAGGCGGGCUGCCUCCUCUCCUCAGGCCGCUGUUGGCUUGUGUCGCCGGACUCUGCGGCUCCCUGCUGGGGAUCGGUUUCGACCGGUGUUACCCGCCCCGGGAAGCUCCGACCGGGGGCUCCGGGACGGAGGACAAGGUGCCCGUCAUCAGAGCUAGGAGACGCUCCAGUUGCGUGUCCCUGGGGGAAACGUCCAACAGUUAUUAUGGCAGCUGUAAAAUGCCGCGGAGACCGUCUUUGCCGUGUAUAUCCCGAGAGCAGAUGAUCUUGUGGGACUGGGAUCUUAAACACUGGUACAAACCACAGUAUCAGGGUGCAGCAACCGGCAAUGGUGUUGACCUUUCAGUCAUCAAUGAGGCCAGGAACCAGGUGUCAGAGCUGUUGAUGGACUCAUCUUUGUCGCCCCACACCAUCUCAACGCUUCACAGCAUCUCCAGCCUCAUGGGGACCUUCUCAGGCUCGUGUCGCCCCCGGGUCAACCCUUUUACCCCAUUCCCUGGCUUCUACCCCUGUGACGAGGUGGAUGACUUGGUAGAGAGGAGUGAACGAAAAACCAUUAAGGGUUUGAGCAGCAGAAACAGCCUCCCUACUCCUCAGCCCAGGCGGAGUUCUACCUCCUCUUCUGUGCUGCCUCCUCUCGACUCACUGUCAUCACGAUGGGAACGUAGCACUGGGAAGAGAUCCCACCCAGACCUUAACUUGAUUAGCUCAGGUCUGUCCAAUGGUCCAAAUGCAAACCUACUCACCAUUCCUAAGCAGAGAUCUUCAUCUGUCACCCUCACCUACCACGUAGGGUCCAGGAGAGCAGGGACCUCACCUAGUUUGAGUCCUGUCACUUCUCCUAGCCACAGUCCUUCAUCUAUAACCACAGGCUCUUCAUCAUCCCUAGUCACCCGUUCGCCUGUGGAGUUCCCAGACACGGCGGACUUCCUGACAAAGCCGAGUGUCAACCUAAACUUGCACAAGCCUUUGGGCUACACGCUCAGCUCGAGUGACUUCCAGCAGGCAUUCCGCAGCUCCACUUUACCUCUUUGCACCAGUUGCGGGCGUCAAAUGCCAAAGGGGGUUUGCAGCAGUGAUUCGGGAGAUCUCCAUCAGCCCCUUCUCAGUGAGGCCCAACGCAGGCGCUCAGCAGUUGAAGGGUCAGAGUUCACAGGGGAGCCUUUAAUCAGGGAAGAGAGCGUGGACGUAGACUCACCUGAAGAGUCUGACAACACAGUGAAGCAGGGCCAUGCUGAGGAGGAGGAUAGCUCCAGCACAGAGAAGCAGACUCAGGAAUCUGGGAGUGAUCAGGAGUUUCAACUAGACCCCAUGCUAGAAGACCACGAAGCCCUCAUGGAGAGGAUGAAUACAUGGAACUUCCAGAUCUUUGACUUGGUGGACAAAACAGGAGGAAAGACGGGGAGAAUACUCAGCUAUGUGACUUACACCCUUUUCCAGGAUACGUGUCUGUUUGAAAUAUUCAAGAUCCCUGUGAGGGAGUUCAUGACAUACUUCUUUGCUCUGGAAAAUGGCUACAGGGACAUUCCCUAUCAUAACCGGGUCCAUGCUACUGAUGUACUGCAUGCUGUCUGGUACCUCACCACUCGGCCAAUCCCUGGGUUCCAGCAGAUUCACAGUGACCAUGUGACUGGGAGUGACACAGAUUCAGACAGUGGGAUCUCUCCUGGGAGGAUCUCGUAUGCCUCAUCGAAGAGCUCUUCUAUAUCAGAUGACAGCUAUGGCUGCCUGGCUUGGAACAUCCCAGCUCUAGAGCUUAUGGCCCUAUAUGUAGCAGCUGCAAUGCACGACUAUGACCACCCUGGUCGCACUAAUGCCUUUUUAGUUGCCACUAACGCGCCUCAGGCGGUGCUGUACAACGACCGCUCUGUGCUGGAGAACCACCACGCUGCGUCUGCCUGGAACCUCUACCUGUCGCGACCAGAGUUUAACUUCCUGGUCAACCUAGACCAUGUGGAGUUCAAGCGCUUUCGCUUCCUGGUCAUUGAGGCCAUUCUAGCCACAGAUCUCAAGAAACACUUUGACUUCCUGGCCGAGUUCAAUUCCAAGGUCAAUGAUGUGAACAGUCCAGGAAUUGACUGGAGCAAUGAAAAUGACAGAUUGCUGGUGUGCCAAGUGUGUAUCAAGCUGGCAGACAUCAAUGGCCCGGCCAAAGUCCGCGACCUGCAUCUGAAAUGGACCGAAGGCAUUGUCAAUGAAUUUUAUGAGCAGGGGGAUGAAGAAGCAGGUUUGGGCUUACCCAUCAGCCCUUUCAUGGACCGCUCCGCCCCACAGCUCGCGAAGCUACAGGAGUCCUUCAUCACACAUAUUGUCGGCCCACUUUGCAACUCAUACGAUGCUGCAGGUUUACUGCCUGGCCAGUGGGUCAAUGGAGAUGGAUCGGAUGAAGACGACGAGGGUCGUGUGGACUUGGACACUGACAAAGACGAUGAUGAUGAUGAUGACGACAAUGAAGAUGAAGAUGAUGAGCUUGAGGAGGAUCUGCGACCAAAAAGGAGAAAAAGCCACCGCCAAUUUUUUUGCAACAUCAUGCACCACCUGACCGAGAACCACAAAGUGUGGAAGAAGGUCAUCGAGGAAGAGGAAAGGAGCAAAGAUGCAGGCCAGCCGCAGCAGCCUGAUAGCCUGCAGGACAGCAUGCCCUCUUCACCCUCAGAUGACAUUCAGGUCAUUCAGGAGGAAGAGGAAGGGGAGGAGCGUCAGUAG